AUGCAAGGGGCGACGGCGUUGGAUGAGGAGGAAUGGGUGGCGCUGCUGCUGGCUGACCAGCCCCCACCACGACCGGUAGAAGGCGUCCGGGCCAGUCUUCGUUCGUCGACCUCAACUUCACUCUCCAGCUCUGACCACCUUGCAGACUACGAGCCUGUUCCCAGCUUGUCGGAGCCGGACGUGGUGUUCGUGGGCGCAGGGCCGGUGGGUUUGUGGACAGCGGUGCAGGUGAAGCUGCUCGACCCGAGGCUCGAGGUCGUGGCGGUGGAGAAGUACGCGGCCUAUCAGCGCAGCCACGUCCUGCGCGUCGACUCAGCUUCGUUCAAGGGCGCUGUCGACCACCCUCGGCUUGCGAAACUGAUCGAGAGCCUUCCGCUGCCGGUGGUGCGCACCAACGACCUGGAGGACCGGCUGACCGAGCUCGCCGUGUCCCUGGGCAUCGUGAUCGACGUUCCGCACCACGUCAUUGACAUCGAACGCGACGUCCGUCAGCGCUAUCCCUCGGCACGGGUGAUCGUAGGCAGCGACGGCUCGCACAGCGUCGUGCGUCAGGUCGUGUGCGACGGCAAGCUGAACUCGCACGCGGCGCUUCAGCACAUCGUCGACGUCAAGUACGAGGUCGAAGGCCAAGCCCAGAAGCUCAACUUUGUAACCCAAGCGUACCCGACGAUGAAGAUCAUGGACCACGUGGUGGAGGAGCAUGUGGGCCGGCCCAACGGCCAAGGCCGAACGCCGGUCACGCUGCGGCUGCUGGUCACAGAGGAGACCCACGCGCGGGUGAAGGGCGCCUCGUUCAAGAACCCCUACUACAUACCCACGCAUCGCGACCUGCUGGGCGAGAAGCUGGUCGAGAGCAUCACGAUCUGGCUCAACGCCAAGGCCAUCCUCGUCGGCGAGCAGCGGGUGCCCGGCAGCGAGAAGAUCUCGGCCCUCAAACUCUCCACCUACUGCUCCGCCGAAGUCAACUGCAAGAAGGACGGGGUAUCGUAUUUCCUGGUGGGCGACGCUGCGUUCGGCGUGCCCUUCUUCCGCGCCCUCAACAACGGCCUCCUGUGCGGCAGCCACCUGGCGCACACCAUCGUCGAGGUGGUCAACCGGGGCUCCGCAGCCGACGCUCCAGGGCUGUUUAGCCGGCUGGUGCUGCGAACGUGCGAUUUCACGCCGCAGGGCUAUGCCAACUUCGUGAAGCAGCUGGCGCGACGCGAGAUUACAAUGGCCAACGGCAAGAAGGCAGGCCUGGCGCUCGCGCAACUGGCCAACAAGAUCAACGGCUCAGUGCCAUGGCAGGUCAACAAAUGGUCCCACCACGACGUACAGCGCUUCAAGAAGACGGACCCUGGCUUCGUCCUCCCGCCACCCGACGCGGACGACGAGGCCGAGCACGUUGAACCUGAUGCCUGA